AGGUGCGGGGAAAUUUCUCAGGGUCUCACGCAGCGCCCGUCGGUGCGGGGGAGCACGUGACGGCGAUACGGUGGGCUGCGAGGAGGAAAAGAUAAUCUUUGCUUGCAUCUCGUUCCGGUCUCAGUUUAGUUUAAGUCAUUGGGGGAGAGGGCGUUUUAUAAGUUAUGUGGUGCAUCAGGGCCUCAAUUAUAGAGCUCUUGACGUUAAGCUCAAAAGGGUGCUCUGGUCCAGUACGCUUCUGAUUAAGGCUUAGACUAUAUCUUUAGCUUUUCUCUUCUUCCUCCUCUUCCUCGUUCGUCCUACGCCUCUGUGUUUCAAGCUCCGGGAACAAUGUCUCCGGUGCCGAGCCCACAUCAAUCACACCUUCUAGGCCACGGGGCAAGGAAAGAGAAGCGGAUGAGGAAGGUGGAUACCUUUGCGCCCCACAACGACGGCCACCAAUGGAGGAAGUACGGCGAGAAGAAGAUAAACAACUGCAACUUCCCCAGGUACUAUUACAGAUGCACCUACAAAGACAACAUGAAUUGCCCGGCCACGAAACAGAUUCAGCAGAAAGAUCACAGUGAUCCCCCAUUGUAUCAAGUCACCUACUACAAUGAGCACUCAUGCAACAGCGCCUUUCUUGCUCUUACCCCCACAGAGUUCCAGUUGCAGACCGCAUCUGGGAAAGCCGUCUCCAUCUGCUUUGAUUCAUCUGGGGCUCAAGAACCGGCAGCCAAUGCCAGCUCGCCUUCUUCAAGUGCAGUGCCUCGUGGCACGCCUUCGGAGAACAAGAACCAAACCCUCCGGCUUUCAGAAGCCCAUUCUUCUUGGGGCCCCGGUGUCAUAGAACAAAAGCAGGUCUGCACUGAACUCCAAUCCUGCAGCACCGAGUGCCAAGAUGCAUAUUCAGCCGGUACAAUUUCUGAAGACAUAGAUGCAGGAAGAUUCGGUUCUAUCAGAUUCUUCCAUUUUUUGUAAAUGGAUCAAUGGAAGACAAUUGAUUUUACUUCAAAGAACUAAUAUGAUACACAUGUUUUUUUCCAUCUACAUGCUAGAGUACCAGGUAUUUGCGUGUGAGAUGUGGCCAUGAUUUUCUUAGUUCAGUUGAAAUACCACUGCUAAUUCAAGCAGCAGAGUUCAUUCCUGCAAACUCUCAGGCUAUUUGUGUUGAGACAGUGCAGCAUGUUGUAACUUCAAAAGUAAUGAAUGCAUUUGUUAUCCCAUUA